GCGCCUCUGUCGAUCAUAUCCACAGAUACAGGGAGGUGAGGAACAGGAGGAACCAGGACGAACCAGGAAGAACCAGACGAACCAGGAGGAACCAGAAGAAACAAUGGGCGUCAAGCUGUACUACACCACUGUUACUGCCUCACGGAAGGUUAAGUCUGAGCAGGCGGAUGUGAUCCGGAUCCUGGAUACUAAAAGCAUCAAGUACGAGCUCAUCGACAUCUCUGUGGGCGGGGAGCUGCGUGAGGAGAUGAGAAGCAAAGCAGGGGACCCAGCGGCGGGCCCUCCCCAGCUUUUUAAUGACGACCAAUACUGCGGGAACUAUGAAAUGUUGUUGGAGGCGGUGGAAGCAGACACAGUGGAACAGUUUCUGGAAGCAAAUGUAAACAGAAGUUGCAAGGACCACGAUGUCCAUAAACUCAAUUAGUAAUGAAUUCUAGCAGUUAAAUUAUGCUUAUUUGUCUGAUGUCGAUGCUGAUUUUUGUAUUAUCUUGGUCCAUUGGUUACCUGAUUCAGAAUCUGGUGAGAGGAUGUAAUCCACUUUGGCCCAGUGAGGACUAGCAUAUUAAAAGCUCCCUGUGGAGUUUCUUGGUUCAACAAAUCUAUGUUUAAAUUGACUGAGCACUUGCAUGCUUUCCUUUAAUGCUUGCUUGGGCGUGCCUGAUCCGUGGUGCUGGAGAGAUUGUCAUUACAACAAAAGACAAUCACAGUCUCUCGGAUUCAUCGGGUGCCUCCCUCUCUCCAGGCUCAUUUUGACGCUUGAUGUCGGGCAGGAACUGUAUUUGUGUUAAUGUGUGUUGAUUGGCUAGCUCCUUCACUUGAGUAUUUGUUUGAACACAACAACGCAUGGUGUCACCACAUUCCAAGUAAACGGGCGGCGUUUCAUUUGAAGCUUCCCACAGGUAUGUGUGAGUGGUCGAUCAACGUUUCUCAUAAUCCAUUGUCUUGGAUAUCUAAUGUCUUGUGCAUUUCAUUUCUUACAGUUACAAAGAUUAACUUUACUCACAAGUGUUCCGUGCUUGCAAUCUUAUUUCUAUUUUCACCUAUAGUACAAAGAGGUCAUAAAUGUAAAAAAAAAGGUUUCAUAGGUUUAUUCCAGUGUUACACAGUCAAACAAAACCUAGAUAGGCUAACAAAAAAAUGUUUAUAAAAAAUGUGAGAUUUGGGGACUGAACACUCCUUAGAUAUGUUAUUAUGGUGUCCAGUGAACUGAAAAACCAAGAUCUAUAUUAGUUGUUGAACAUUUCAUAAAUAAGCUGCCCUAUAUUCACACCCAUUUGAGCAGGAUAACAAUAUAAUAUAUCUGUGAUGUGCUUUCGCAGGUGAUUACUCACUGUGGUAUUAGCACUUAGCUGACAUCUUCUAUGUUUUACAUAAUAAUUUUACUAUAGAACUUGAAAGCUCCAUUUCACCAGUGGGUGCUACAUGUUGGCGAAAAGACGCCACAGGUUUAGAAAUUAGCAUUUCGCAGGGAGGUUUGACUGAAAUAUGAAUUAUCUUGCUUUCAUCUACGUUUCUUUGUUCCUUCCUCUUUUUAUUUACUUUGGUUACAGUUCCACUUAAUGUUCUGGGCGUGAAGAUGAAGUUAUGUGACUAUGCACCCGAACCCUUCCUCUUUCUGAACCGAAAUAAAGUCAAAGCUGUGUUUAGAUUGACUUGACUCAGUCUUACCAGCCUUAGGGAACACUCAUCACAUGGGGAAAAUGAAGGCUUCACCUGUCUGUGCUUUUUAUGCAUUUGUGUUUAUUCAUUUGAUUGAUCUCAUUAGAAAUAUAAUUUUUAUGUAAUUGUCCUGUCUUUUUUUUGUUAAUCAAGAACAUGUUUUCCUUCUCUUACUCCUAAGACCUGUCAAACCCCUCCAUGUUGUCAUGAUGGUGUUGUCAAGGUUUGGGAUCCCCAGUAAUGGCAGCCUACACACAAACGUUGUGCGCUGUUUUGUAAGUCGAUGGUUGUGGAUGUUUGCCUGUUAUUGGUGUGUAUUCACUAUGAAUCAUGUUUUAGACAUUCCAUGUCUCUCUCUGAGCUCCUGCUUUGCUGUUGGACCAAUAUCUCUUGGCCAAAAAAAGAACAAAUUAGGGAAUAAAAUGUUGUUGUCUUCCAAGAAGAUUGUGAAAAGGGAUUUAUGGGUUAAAGAAAAAUAAAUUGGAGUUGAAUCUA